AUGAUUAUACUCAAGUCUAUCUAUGCAUGCCUAUAGAUGUAAAAACUAUUAGUAUAACCGAUAAUGAUCCAAAUCCUAAAGGAAUUUAGUGAUAUCCCAAUUAUACAAUUAAGGACAAGAUAGUUACACAACCAGAUAGAGCCCAAAUGUACAUAGAUGAUAAUUAUUAAUUUAUCAAUUCAUUAAUGGCCAAAUAAGCAAGCAUUUAGAGAAUACACAUUAUUAGGAUUUCACUAAAUAGAUAAAUAUGAUUACAUAAAAUAAGUCAUAUCGAAAACAUUCUACACACCUCCACUAAAUAGACUUAAUAGAAUGUAAAUUGGUAAUCCUAUAAGAUUAGUAUAUAAUAAUAAUGAAAAUUAUUAAAUUUAUUUGGUCAUCAAAUAUUUUAGAGUCUAUAUCAAUGCUAAACUUAAUGGUUAUAAGAGACAUAUCAGUAUAUACAAAAUGUUUCCACUAAAUAAAAUGGUUGAAACUGUUUGA